AUCUUUGACGAAAUGUAUAUCCAUUGUUAGUGGCCACUCGACCAUCUUGUCUAUAUAAUAUAACAUCUUUGGUGACCGGUCGAAACAAGGAAGUGAAAUUCUUGCUUUAAAACAUCUUGCAAAGUGAAGAAUCCUCAUGUUUUAAACUUAGUUAACGGACUGGACAAUGCUUUUCGUUAAAGUUAACAAAUUGACAGCUUUAACGUGAACGAAAACCUUUUUUAUCUUAUUUUGAAAUUAUUUAUGAGUUGAUCAGUUCGAUGGCUAUAUUAGGGCGCUCGAAAUGUAUUCGUUGUGCAUUAGUCAUUACAAUUCUCUCCAUUAUUAUAGCCACUGGACAAAGUCUUGAGCUACUCGGGAUGCUGCGUCCUUUGCCCAGUGUGCUUGGAGUCCUGUCUCUGGGUGGAAUGGCGCUGCUUUGGAAGGACAUAAGCUCGAAAGUGAAAGGAGAGAACCGGACUUUGAGCAGUCUGCUAAGCCAGUAUUUUGCCGUGAAGGUUGUGGGUUGGCUGGGUAAGCGGCAAAGAGGGAAACUGGAAGCCGAUACGCUGAAUAUACGUCAAGUUCAAGAGGAAACUCUUCUAAAGCGCCUGCGCAAGAACGCUGACACAUGUUAUGGAAAGCAGUAUGAUUUUAGCUCAAUCAAAGACUGUGAGGCCUUUCGUACACGUCACCCGGUGACGACGUAUGAGCACUAUCGUGAGCUGGUGACGAGAGUGGCGGCUGGAGAAGAGAAGGUCCUCAUAGCUGAGAAACCCCUUAUCUUAGCCAUGACAUCGGGUACAUCUGGGGCCAGCGCCAUGCUGCUGAGCACCAAGGACACCAACACAGAGUUCUUCCUACAGGGCGUGGCUGUGUGUCUGGAUGCCAUGCGGCGUGCGUUCCCGGCCAGCGACAGCCUCCAGCGCACCACCAAGCUCUUCUACUCGCCCACCUUUCGCCAGUCUGAGGCAGGCAUCCCCAUUGGGCCUAACUCCUCCACCCCGGCUUCAUCCCGCCACAUGCUCAACCUAUACACCACACCCGCACCCGCCUUCCAGGUGCCCAGUGAGAGAGACACCCUCUACCUGCACCUCCUCUUUGCCCUCAAAGACCCCAGCGUGGGCACCCUGGAGUCCAACUUCGCCUCCACUGUCUUUUAUGCCUUCAGUGCCCUCCAGGAGCGUUGGCAGGAGCUGGUGGAGGACAUCAAGCUGGGUCGAGUCAGCCCUGCUCUGACCCUGGAGCCAGCGGUGAGGGCCAGCCUGGAGGGCCAGAUGAAGCCAGACCCGGAGCGCGCCACCCAGCUCCGGACCCACUUCCAGCAGGGCUUUGUGGGCAUCGUGCGGCGCCUCUGGCCCCAGCUCAACCUGGUGCUGGCUGUGGACUCUGGAUCUAAUCAGAUCUAUGGGGAGAUGCUGCGGGAGCGCUACUGCCAGGGGAUUCCCUUCUACUCACCCUUCUACGCCGCCACCGAGGGUCUGAUUGGGGUGAACCUGUGGCCUGAGGAGGAGCGGAGGAGGUACUUGCUGUGUCCUCGCUCCAUGUUCUGUGAGUUCCUCCCAGAGGCCAGUUUGGACCAGGAGGCGCCUGAGAAACACACACUUCUCAUGGAGGAAGUGCAGGAGGGACACAGCUAUGAGCUGGUCGUCACCAACGCAUCCGGACUCUUCAGAUAUCGUAUGGGAGAUAUAGUAAAAGUGGUUGGCUUCCACAAUCAGUGUCCAGUUGUCGAAUUUCAAUACAGGCGGGGUCAGAUGCUGAGCGUGCGGGGGGAGAAGGUGUCUGAGGUGAUGUUUCUGGGGGCUCUGAAGCGAGCCAUCAGCCAGUGGCCCGGGGCUCAGCUAGUUGACUACUGCUGCGCAGAGAGCGCCAUAAUGGGAGAGUCUUGUGGAGGUUCUGAUCCUCACUAUCAAGUGUUUGUGGAGCUAAAGGGGGUGAGGAACCUGACAGAGGAGCAACGCUACAAGUUGGACCAGUGUGUCCAGGAGGACUCGGCUGUCUACAAGUCGUUCCGGUUCAAAGGCAGCAUCGGACCAAUGAGAGUGCAGAUGGUGGCAGAGGGUGCAUUCAAGGAACUGCGUAAACAAAUGAUGGCCUUCUCCAACACCUCGCCCAACACGUUCAAAAUGCACCGCGUACUACGCAGAAAGGAGUACGCUGACUUCUUGUUAGGGAAGACCAUCUGAAUGGCAUUAUGGGACGUGAACUCAACCGGAAAGUGGAGACGUGUGUGUUGUGCACUGCAACCGUGGAGAGGAAUAUUAUUCUCUAUGAAAGUGAAUGUAAUUUGUUGGCAUAGUCAUUUUAGGAGACAGGCAAUCUGUGAAAAUGACAAAUGACAACUAUCGUUUGGUAACCCACUGAACAGCUACAGCGACAAGGGUAUUUAAAAUCAUAUAAGGACUUCUGCUUUUUUAUAAUGGACAUCUAUGUGUUAGAAACGAAGUUCAACUGGUUGUCUUGUCAACAUUCUCUACCCCUGACAUGGUGGAAAUCAGUAUCUUUCCCUCCAGACUUAGACAAAAAAUCACUCAAGUCUUUUGACAAUAAUGGAACAACUGAUUGUAAAUCCACAGGCAUCUAAUGCCCACUCCUUCAGUGAAGACGAUUUUCUUACUCUUUUGGACAGUUUUAAACCUGUGCUGGAUAAACUUUACACACAAUGUUUAUGGACAUUAUAAUAUGUUACAUUUUGUUUGCCCCUAUCUUGUCCAACUUCAUGGACUGACUUUGCCCUUUGAACCUUGACAUUCACAGACAAAAUUCAGUCUUGUACAACAAUGAUUUUUAUUUGCAAAUAAAAGUGGUAAUAGUG